AACGUGUUGACGAUGAGGUUAUAAGAGACGGAACACAAACUUAGAAUGAAGAAGGAAAUCGGCCAUUUCCGUUUAGGAAACGUAUACCAGCAGUUGUUUUUUUAAGUGUAUGCUACAUACAGUACUACAUGAAUCAAGAAACGAUGUUUAUUAUUGCUCUUUUACUUUGUAACAGAUAUGUUACUUGGCGUUAUUUCAGAGUAAAUACUGCUACGCACAGAUGCUUCAAAACCAGUGUAUUAUACACACCUACUUUAACAGUUUUCUUAGUUUCCAAAGUAGCGUAUAUAGUAAUUUUAUUUUAAAAUGUUGAUAUGCAUUAAAACGUGCAGAACUUGUAAAAUUGUGUUGUAAGCCAGUUUCUUGCAAUGUUAAAAUUUGUUGUAGUUCUCGUGUUGUAUUGGCGAGUUUCUUCUUCCCCGAUAGAAAAUUCUGUUAAGAGUGUUUUUGCCAAUUAAUGGUAAGCACAUGAAGAUGGACUGGAAAAAAUCGCGUACGGAUGCCGGUUAUACAUUACCUAUAAGUGCUUUGUAGGACAGAAAAACAGGUAAUUAUCGAAAAACCUUCAUGUUUACGUGACACAGAUCCUAGUACUUACGACCCAUCCGCAAAAAAAAAAUGUGACGUAGACAAAUAUGGUACUUCCCAUUCAGCGAGUAAAAUUCUGAUGAUGAGUGCCCUGUUUAGAUUGGGCAGCGAAAGAGUAGGAAAGACGGUUCUUCACGGCAAAUGUGUACAAAACAUUCGAUAUAGAUAUUUUUCCUUGUCAUUCACUCAUUGUUGGAAUAUUUGGUGUCGUAAUCGGACAAACAGCUGCGUGUGUACCGUGUGUUGACGAUUAGUUGGCCGCUGGUCAUCGGAGUUCGACAGUGGAGCAACUGUUGUGUAAACAAGCGCACGGACAUCUAUAAGGACCAGUGCGACCGGCAACGGUGACUGUUUGGGGCGAUCUGUCAGGUUCCGAUAAGAAGGUCAUCAUAAGGCCAGCAGCGCCUUCUCAGUCCUGUGCCGUUCGUAGCUCCUGCUGGAUGCUUUCUGGAUAUUCUUUCGAAAGAUGGCAUCUUUUAUGAGAAUGACUUCGUCUGCGAAGACUGUUUUCAAAUUCAGCACUCUGCUGGAAACCAAAAGAGGACUCGCCCAAAAAGUAUUCACUAAGAAAGUAUCAGUUAUUGGCGUUCCCUUCAACAAAGGACAGCCAAAACCUGGUGUAUCCAAAGGACCUCAGCAGUUGCGUGAUGCAGGUCUCAUUGGCGCUCUGCAGUCUGUGAAUUUGAAUGUUCAGGAUGUUGGUGACGUAGUUUAUGAGCCCAUACCUAAUUUGCCACCUCUGGAGAACUACCACAACAUUGCUCAUGUAGCUGCUUGCCAAAAGGAGGUAUCAAACCAUGUGCGGGAAAUUGUGUCGAGUGGUCACAUGUGCCUCACAAUUGGUGGGGACCAUUCGAUUACUGCUGGCUCCAUCACUGGCAGUGUUAAUGGACUGGGAGAUAAGCUACCAAUUAUACUAUGGAUUGAUGCCCAUGCAGACAUUAACACAAUGUCAACAAGCCCAUCAGGAAAUGCACAUGGCAUGCCUGUUGCUCUUUUACUCAAAGAGAUUGCCGAGACAUGGCUUCCAGACUUGCCUGCAAUGGAGUGGUUGGUGCCCAAGCUCUCUGUGAAAGACAUUGGCUACAUUGGUCUACGUGAUGUUGACUCAGGCGAAAGGAAAUUCCUGUCUGAUUGUGGUAUAUUAGCAUAUAGCACAGAGGAAGUGGAACGGUACGGUGUUUCAGAUAUAGUACAGGCUGUACUUGCAAAACUUGACCCAAGUGGGUCUCGUCCAAUUCAUAUGAGUUUUGAUAUUGACAGCCUAGAUGUGAAUGAAGCACCAGCUACUGGAACCCCUGUACGAGGUGGACUGUCACUACGAGAGGGACUGCAGAUUGUGGAGGAAGUUCAUCGCACCGGACGUUUGGCAGCUUUUGAUAUUGUAGAAGUUAACCCAGAACUCUCAGAUGAAAGGGGUGUCCAGCUCACUGUCGAGGCAGCAAUUGAAGUAUGCCGCUCCGCUGUUGGCUUUGAGCGAAGAGGAUGGCCAGCUGCAGGCAUUACCAUUGACAAAAGGUCAUGUAAUUAAUGCUAAGUGAUCUUAACACAGCACUGAGUUGUUAAAAAAACCAUUGCAUUGCUAAUGUGAUGUAGUACUGCCCACUAUAAGUCUGAAUCAUCUUAGCUGGAUGGUGCCAUCGAUAACAGGAAAUAUUCUAGUCUGUAUGUAGAAGAUUAUGAGCCACUUAUUUGUAAAAUUGUGUUAAAUAAUGUAAAAAUGUAUGAAAUGACCAUUUACUGUAUAGGGAAAGAUGGAUCAGGGAUAUGCCUUGACAUUGUAAGUUGGUAGGACCCUUGCCAUGCAACAACGUAUGUCCGGAGCCUGACUUGUAAGUUUCAGAGAAGAUGUCACUCUUCGUAGUUUCAGAAGCCUCUUGGUUAUGCAGUUUAGCCUGUCAAGUUGUAGUUUUUGUUGAAAUUUAGCGUCUAUAAUAGCAGGAUUAAGAAACAAUUUUAAUAAACAACGUGUGUAAAAAAAAUUAAACUUCUGAAUUGGAAUGAAACCGGCCAUUUUGUAUAUGAGCAGAGUUACAUCGUAUUAACAGUUUAUUUGCCUAGUUUAAAUCAGAACAUCAUGGAUUAAGUGUGAAGUACUUCAGGAUGUGCACCUAUUUGGUGCCCAUCAGUUUCCCAAUAAGGUUCUCUCUUAAUACUAACUUGGGAGCAGAACUGCAAAUUUAGUGGCAGUGAAAUUCCACUCACUUUGUCUUCUUGAACAUUUUACUGUUCAAUAAAUUAGACCUGUGACAUACAUAAAGUUCUCUUAGAAGUGUAUGUUCAAGAAGUACCUUUUGAAUUGUGUAUUUCAUAUGUUUUACUCGCCUUAUUCCAUCUGCUCUUGGAGGACUAAUUAAGAGAGCUGCCAUCUUGUGUAAAUGUAGCUAUGUAAAUACUGAAAAUAUAUCACUUUUGUCUUUUAUCGACCUGUUAAUAAAUGUCAUAUAAUGGUAGUGCACGGUGAACAUGUUCCAUGGUACAACAAAUGACUAAUUUUCUAAAUAAUUUGUUACCUUUAUUAUCAUUCAUAAUCUACUGUUCAUGUCUGUAUGUCCCAGUAUGCUGUUUCACAUGUUUGUGACUCCCCCCCCCCCCCCCCCCCCCUUAUAUGCACUUUGUGUUUUACUGCCUAAGUAUUUAAUUUAUAAUCAACUAACAUCAAUGAAAAGGCUGAAAAUUUCUUAGUAUUACAUUAACUGAAUGUUUAUGUAUAAUUUUACUGAAAUAAAUACCAUUGAAAUUUC